CCCCCAAUUCUUCAGCUACUCCUUAUUUGUUUUGGGCUAUAAAUAAAUCAGAAACACGCUACCGACCUCUUCGCAUCACAUUCCCUCCAUAUUUCUGCCUUCACUAAUCUCUAAUUUUCAAGCUUCUUCGACAAUUUGGUAAGACCAGUAACCAGACAUCCAUGGGGACUGUUGUCGAUUCUUCUAACCAGGGAGCAGGAAGCCUGCCAACCAACAAGAAGGUCUCUGUUAUUUUUGUUCUAGGUGGCCCAGGCAGUGGUAAGGGCACCCAGUGUGCUAAUAUUGUUGAAAACUUUGGGUACACCCAUCUAAGUGCUGGUGAUCUUCUCCGAGCAGAAAUAAAAUCUGGUUCAGAGAACGGGACGAUGAUUUCAAACAUGAUUAAAGAAGGGAAAAUUGUACCAUCAGAGGUAACAAUUAAGCUUCUCCAACGAGCAAUUCAGGAAAAUGGGAACGACAAAUUUCUUAUUGAUGGUUUCCCUCGCAAUGAGGAGAACCGUGCAGCUUUUGAGUCAGUUACUGGAAUUGAGCCUGAGUUUGUGCUCUUCUUUGAUUGUCCUGAAGAAGAGAUGGAGAGACGUCUUUUGGGUCGGAACCAGGGAAGAGAAGAUGAUAAUAUUGAUACA